AUGGCAUUUUCUGUAAUUGCUUCUGCUGCUUAUCACCAAGGAGCUGAAUGCUUGCCAGCUCAAGCAAGAGGCAGACAAUGUGUUCCAUGCAGUGUGAUGUACUUGAUUACAGUUAAGUUCAUAAAACCAGUCAGAUCUUUAAACAAAAAUGACUUGAAUGAUAUUCUUCAUGCUGGAAGCUAUUUAUAUUGUGCGAUACAUUACAAAAAUUCAAUUACAACAGAUUUCAUUCAUCCAGAAGAAAUUCCCAAAAGAAUUUAUUAUCAAAAACAACGGGUAAGUGUUAUACACAAGGGAGUUAUUUCUGGUGUAAUUGGGCUUGUUCAUAUGGAAAAUGGUCCUUUCUUGCAAACUCUUGAGUGUGCUUUACUGAACAGUUGUGUUCCCUCAAAAUAUCUUGUCCUUAUCUUUAAUGGAACUGCGGUUGGCAUUCAUUGUGAUGGCACAUCUUUUUUUGUCUUUGAUGGCCAUUCUAGAAAUGUUAAUGGAAGAUGGGAUAUUAAUGGAACUGCCAUUUGUGGUGUACUACAUUCCAUAGAUGCCAUGUGUGCCUACUUUCGUUCUUUAGUGAUUUCUCUUGGCAAAGAGCCAAGUAAUGUUCAGUUUGAUUUACACCAGUAUAAUUUGAUAAAGUAUUACAAGGAAGCUGAGUAUGCUGUUGAAAUUUUGUAUCCUAGGUUUGAUUUCAGAAUUUGUAAUACAAAAAGGAAAAGGUCAUUUGAAUGCAAAAUGGAUAUGCCGCAGUAUGUUGCUAGUUUAGUGCAAAGCCGUUCAUUUGUAGAUGUAAUUGAUGACAUAUCUAUUUCAUCUGAAGAAAACAAAGUCAUCAGAAAAUUUCAUAAGCUUGUUUCAGUAGGCCCAGACUUUGUUUGUUCCUCUUGCACUCAGACCUUUUUCAAACACUCUGUAAGAACUGCUAAUACCUUGCCAAAUGAAGUAAGACGAAAAUUUCUCUCAAAUAUAAAGAGUGUAGAUUCAGAAGAGUGGAUAUGUUUAAACUGUUGGACAUCUUUGAAAAAGGAGAAGACUCCUAAAUUUUGGCUUCAUAAUGGGCUUAGAUUUCCAAUUAAGCCGGAUGAAUUACAACUGACUGAUUUAGAGGAAAGACUAGUUUCACCAAGACUACCCUUUAUGCAAGUACGGGAAAUGCCAAGAGGUGGACAGCUUAAUUUGCGCGGUAAUGUAGUCAAUGUUCCAGCAAGUGUUUCAAACACUAUAAAGUCUUUACCAAGGAUGCUAAAUGAAGAUGAAACUAUAAUGUUGAAACUUAAACGCAAACUUGCCUAUAAACACCAUGUAGCGUUCGAAAAUAUUCGUCCUAAUAAAGUUUUUGAUGCUGCAAAAUGGCUUGUUAGUAAUAGUGCAUUGUUCAGAAGUGAAGGUAUUGUAGUUAAUGAGACCUGGCUUGAUCAACCACAAGAAGCCUUUAAUAAAGAAGAUGAUCAAGAUAAGCCAACCACAGACUGUAGUGCUGACAUUGAUACUUGGACAGAAGAUGAAAAUUUCAAUGACCGUCCAACAGGUAACAUGGAUACAUGCCUUCAGUCACUAGAUUUUAGAGAAUUCAAUCAAGUGGUUUGUGUAGCACCGGGGGAAAACAACAAACCUCUUGCAUUAUUCUAUGAUACAUAUUCUGAAAUAUUGUCUUUUCCAACAAUUUUUUGUGGACAAUCACGUGUCAGUAACUUAAUUCGACAAGUACCUUUGCAUUAUAGUGAUAUUUGCAAAUGGGAGCUUCGCAAUGUAGAUCGACGAGUGGCCCUCUGUGUUCCAAAUAUAUUUUACAAGUUGAAAAAGUUGCAGAUCAAGCAAAUAAAAGAUAAAGUAACACUUGCAGUCAGGAAAUGCAAGCUUAAGGGUCAAACUUUAACUGUAGAAAAAAUGCUGUCUCCAGAAUUUGUUGAUAAUCUGACUAUGCAAAAUGAUGGUUAUAGAGUCCUGAGAACAUUGCGAGGUUCACCGCCAUACUGGGAGCAAGCAAAAAGGGAUCUCUUUUCAAUGAUACGACAGAUUGGACUCCCUACAUGGUUCUGUUCUUUUUCUGCUGCUGAAACUAAAUGGAAGCCAUUAUUAAAAACUUUAGUAAAGUUUGUUGAUCGAAAAGACAUUACCUUGGAAGCCACACAGGAGUUAUCAUGGCUUGAAAAAUGUAGACUUAUAAAGAAUGACCCUGUAACAUGUGCAAGAUAUUUUGAUUUCAGAGUACAGUCUUUUAUACGUGAUGUGUUGAAACACAUGUCUAACCCUAUUGGUGAAAUAAAAGAUUUCUUUUAUCGUGUAGAGUUCCAGCAACGAGGCUCUCCACACAUUCACAUGCUUGCUUGGGUUAAAAAUGCUCCAUUACAUGGCUCCAAUGCUGACUCUGAGGUAGUUGAGUUUAUUGAUAAAUAUGUAUCGUGCAUGAAAGAUGAAAGUAUACCUGAAUUGAUAAAUUAUCAGACACAUAGACAUGCCAGUGCAUGCAGGAAAAAUGGAAAAAAUGUGUGUCGUUUCAACUUUCCGUUGUUUCCAAUGCCAGAAACAUGUAUCCUUUACCCAUUACCAGAUAUAGAAAAGAGCUCGGAUUUAGUGCAAAAGUCUAAUGAAGUCAUUACUACAUUAAAUGAUUUACAUAAGGAAAAUACAGACAUUUCGUUUCAAGAUUUCCUUGAAAAAUUAGGAAUGGACUUUAACCUGUACAUAACUGUUGUACGCUCUACAUUAAGUAAAGCAACAGUGUUCUUGAAGCGUGCCGUCUCUGAAAGUAGAAUCAAUCACUAUAAUAAAGUUUUGAUAAGAAGCUGGGAAGCUAAUAUGGAUAUACAGUAUGUGUUGGAUGCGUAUUCCUGUGUUUCAUAUAUUGUCUCUUAUAUUUCUAAAGGACAAAGAGGUCUUUCAAAUCUUUUACGUGAUGCUUGUAAUGAAGCUCAACAACAGGAAUCAGAUAUUAGGCAGCGUGUUAGAAGGAUUGGUAAUCAGUUUCUAUCUAGUGUAGAAAUAGGUGCCCAAGAAGCUGUUUACUUGGUGCUACAAAUGCCAUUACGGCGAUGUACAAGAAAUGUGAUUUAUGUUGACACAAAACAGCCAGAUGAAAGGACAUCUCUUAUAAAAUCACAAAAUAACUUGAAAGAUUUGCCUCUGUCUUCAACAGAGGUGGAAAUGGACAGUACAUUAAAAAGGUACAAAAGACGUCCAAAGUGUAUGGAGAAUUUGUGCUAUGCAGACUUUGCAGCUUGGUAUGAUUUGUGUCCAGGCAGAAAGCAGGAAAAAGUGGCUCACAUUGAAGAGGAUUUACCAGAGACAGAAUAUGAGCAUGACAAAGAUGAUGACUUAGAGCCUUGUGGCUCCGUUGACUAUGAAAAAAAAAUAAGAUUCCCAUGUGGGACUUGUGUGAGGAAGAGGAAACGCCAAAAAGUUAUUUACACACAUGUAGCAUCAAUUACACAAGACAAAGAAGAAUUCUUUCGUCAAAAAUUAAUGUUAUACAGUCCCUGGAGAAAUGAAGAAGACUUGUUACAAUAUUUUUCUACACAUGAAGGGAGUUACAACGCUAAAAGAGAUGAAAUAAUUUUGAAUGAAAAACAGUAUGAAAACUGUUCUGUCGAUGACAGUCUAGAGGUGCUGGAAUACAAUUACAAUUCAGUCAUAAAUAUCAACUCUGAGAUUCAAUUUCAGGAAGCUGUUGAUGUCAAUAAUGGAAAUAAUGAAUCUCUUGUAACAGAAUGUUUUGAUGCAAGUCAAAGAGCAAACAGCUUCAUUGAUUAUGAUAUUGGGGAAGACAUUGGGAUCCAGCCGCGAUCACAGGGCAGUGAAGUUAUGCCAUUCAAUGAGGUUAGUGAUGAUGCUUACUUGCAACAGGUUAGGAGCUUAAAUCAUGAGCAAAAGCAGUUUUUCUAUCAUAUUCUAUCAAAGAUCAAGAAACAGUCAUUACCCUUUUACACAUUCUUGUCCGGAGGGGCAGGUGUUGGUAAGUCUGUUGUCACUAGAUGCUUAUAUCAAGGAUUAAUGAAGUACCUCAAUCAUAAAAGAAAUGAAAUUCCAGAUGCAGUUAAAUUAUUAAUGUGUGCCCCAACUGGAAAGGCUGCUCACAAUAUUGGUGGUCUUACAAUCCAUUCAGCAUUUUGCAUUCCUGCAAAUCAAGGGUUUCAAUUUAAACCACUUGAUAUGCAACAAUUGAACAGUAUGCGUGCUCGUUACCACAGCUUGAAAAUGAUUAUAAUAGAUGAAAUCUCAAUGGUUGGUCGUGGGAUGUUUAAUUUCAUUAACUUACGUUUGCAGGAAAUCAUGGGUUGUCAAAGUCCCUUUGGGAAUGUAAGUGUGCUUGCAGUUGGAGACCUUUUUCAAUUGAAACCUGUUAUGGACUCUUGGAUUUUUUCCCAAAGUUAUUCAUCGCUUCAAAUGAAUUGUCUAGGUCCAAGUUUGUGGGUUGAUCUUUUUGAUUUCUUUGAGUUAAAAAUUGUAAUGAGGCAGAAAGAUGAUCAGUCUUUUGCGGAAUUAUUAAACAGAUUGCGGGAAAAUCUAUGUACUGAAAAUGACUUAAAAGUGUUGAGGUCUCGGCAAAUUGAGAACACGACUAGCACAUCCUUUCAAGGAUUGCCCCAUUUAUUUUGUAGGAGACAAGACAGUGCUGCACAUAAUCAAUUGGUUCUUGAAAAGACUACGGCUUCUGAUCUGGUUUCGAUUAUGGCCAUUGACGAUGUAUCUGGUGGUAUAAGUCGAGAGCUACAAGAGACUAUAAUAUCCAGAAUACCGGAUGAUUCAACCUUAUCUAUGGGUCUUCAGAAAAAACUUACACUUGGUGUGAAUUUACCUGCAGAAAUUUGUGUCAAUGUUGACACUUCUGAUGGUUUGACAAAUGGUGCGUCAUGUCAAGUUAAGAAAUUUGACUUCAGAGUGCCUGGUUCUAAAAGAUGCAGCAUUGUGUGGGUUGAAUUUGAAGACGUUUCAGUAGGAAGGAAGUGGCGCUUGCAAUACAAACAUUUGUUUUCAAGUAAUACACCAAGUGCAUGGACUCCUAUUUUGGAAACAAGUCGGCGGUUUACAUAUCGUUACUUCAAAACCUACCUUAUAACUCGUCGACAGUUCCCUUUAUGUAUGUCAGCAGCAAAGACAAUACAUAAAGCCCAAGGUUCAACUAUGAAAGCAGCUGUGCUUCAUUUUGGUAAAAGAAAAAUUGAACAUAUCCACUAUGUUGGUCUAAGUAGGGUUACAAACCUUUCACAAAUACACAUAACAGAGCUAAAUUUAAACAAGAUAUGUGUAUCUAAGGAAGUUGAAAAGGAAAUGGAAAGACUUAGGAAGAACAAGUAUAUAUCUUACAUACCUGCUUUAGAAACAUUUCCGCAAGGUGUAAUGAAAGUCUGCUUUCAUAAUUGUCGCUCUUUAAAUAGGCAUUUUGAAGACAUGAAACUAGACAGAAACCUUACAUCUGCUGACAUCAUAGGAUUAUCUGAGACUAGGGUUUGGAAUACCUUAGAUGAAAGAUUCAUGUUGGAAGGUUUUCAAGUCAUUGCUUCUAGCCAAGAACAGGCAGCACAUGGACUUGUUUUAUUUUACAAGAGUUCAUUGGAUAUUGAACUUCUUUGCAACAAAACAAUAUCUAGCAUAGAAUACACUCUGGUAGGCAUUAACCAUGCUGUUGUCAUUGGCUUUGUGUAUUGCCCACCAAAAUCAGCAACAGUGUCAUCCCUAACCCAAUUUCUUUCAGCUGUUUCUGCUAAUUUGGUGAAUUAUCUUUUGGAUAAAAAAAACUGCAAGUUAGUUUUAAUGGGUGACUUUAACUUUGAGUUGACUGGUCAUGAAAACUUAACUAAACUUUUCAAAGAAAUAUGCAUGUUAAAUCACUUGGAAACAAAAGAAACAACUGAUUACGGAACAUGUAUCGAUCAUAUCUAUUCCAGUUUGUGCCAGAAUGAUAUUUUUGACUUUGGCACGUUGGAAUCAUAUUACUCCGACCACAAACCAAUCUUCCUGGCAUUUUCACUUUAA